UCCUCCUUCUCCUCCUGCGCCCCGGGCCCGGCGACUCUGGGAGAGGAGCGGCAGCGGCGGGGCCCCAUGCGGCGGCCGGGACGGAGCUCUCCGCCGCCCGGCCCCAGCAGCAGCAGCAACGCCAGCAGCAGCCACCGCCGCCGAUGACCUGGACCAGCAGCAUGAGCAGCGGCUACAGCAGCCUGGAGGAGGAGGAGUCCGAGGAGUAUUUCUUCACCGCCCGCACCUCCUUUUUCAGGAGGCCGCCGGGCAAGACCCGCACUGCCCCGCAAGAUGUUCAGAAGGAGAGAGAACCUCAUCUUUAUCUCAGUAAAGAAGAAGUUAAGGAGAAAAUACAAAGCUAUAAUUCAUCCGUCACUGAUAAAUUAAAGAUGACCUUGAAUGCAAAUGGGAUUUACACUGGCUUCAUCAAAGUUCAGAUGGAACUAUGCAGACCCAUCACUGUGCAGUCUUCCCAGAGCCAGGGGAGGUGUGCUCACAGCAAUAAUGAAACUGCUUUUUACUUGCCGGAUGGCUGUGUGAUUACCCUUCACAUCAGCAGCACCAACACUGUUCGUGAAGUCAUUGAGGCCUUGCUGAAGAAGUUUUUCAUGGCAGACAACCCUGCCAAGUUUGCACUUUACAAACGCUGUCACAAGGAAGACCAAGUUUAUACAUGCAAGUUGUCAGACCGAGAACAUCCCCUCUACCUGCGUUUGGUGGCAGGCCCCAGAACAGAAAUGCUUAGUUUUGUUCUGCAUGAACAUGAAACUGGAGAAGUCAUGUGGGAAGCUUUUAGUAUUCCUGAACUGCAAAACUUCUUGCGUAUACUGGACAAAGAGGAAAAUGAGCAACUGCAGAUCUUAAAGAAGCGUUACGCAGCUUACAGAGAAAAACUUGAAGAAGCCCUUGGUGGGGUGUGGAAACCUGGUUAAGAGGGGGCCAAAGGACACUCAGGAAAAAUGCACGCUACCAAAUGUCAGUAUAGCAUGCCAAAACCAAUGUACAAAGAGCAGCUGAGAGUAGUUUUCUUUAUUCAGAAGACUGUUUUGUGAUGCCAGGGUACCUGAAUUUUGUUAUAGACUUAGUUCCAUAAGCCAGGUCACUUAGCAUCUUGCACCCACAAGUAAGGGAUUCUGCAUGUUUGUACAUCAGUUUGCAACCCUCUGUGUGCCUAGAAGGUUCUCCAAGUUAUCUUGGUGCAAGCUGUGAAACUGUAGUUAAUUUUCUAGGAUGCUAUGAAAUAAGAUAUGAUUUUUUUUUCUUCUUUGCUUUAAUGGUAGCUUUACAAGUAAGGAUGUGCAAAUUGAUGGGUUAAAAAAAAAUUAAUUAAGCUGUCUGUCUGGACAAAAAUUAGUUGGAGCACUAUCUUUGAGAUGAAAUUGAUUUGCACUACCUUUCUGUUUUCAAAUAGUUACUGUAUAAUUUGUGAGAGAACUUAUAUAGAUGGAAGGCAUAUGAGAUGAUCUGAUUUGUUCUGUGAAAUUUGUGGAAGGUUUUAAAGUGUUUUUUCAGGAGAAGGUAAAGAGAAAGUUGAAAAGAAGGUAAGAGUUGAGGAGGGAGAACUCUUUAACAGCUGACAGGAGACUGGGUUUAAAUGGAAAUAGUAUUUAUAGAGAGGAAAGUUGAAAUACUGAUUCUACAAGGUUAGAGUUUUUAGGAUGUUAUAAUAUUUUGAAUAAGUUCUGUGUUUUUUUAACUGUGUAAUUCCACACUGGAAAAGAAAUAAUAAAGAUGAUGGAAAGAAUAAGAGGCAAAAGCUAAAUAAGAAUGGAAAUGGAGCUGCUCAUACAAGUUGUUGCAGGAGAAGCUGUUUGGUUCCAUAACUGUGUAGCGGGGGGUUGAAAUGUGCAGCAAAGCUAAAAGGUGGCUGCUUACUUGAAUUCUGAAAAGCAGACAAUAUCUCAGAUAACUAUGUCUAGCAAGGGUUUAGACAUAAGCUGUAACUACUACAUAUGCAUUUGGUCUUCAUUGUAAGUCAGAUCUUUCCUCUGGCUCAGCAAUCCAUUUUUAGGCUGGAUAAUUUUGAAUUAUUGUCAUAUCUGAAAGAUAAAAAUAGCUUCCUCUGCUUCUUUCUUUGUUAAAGGCUCAGUCAUGCAAAGUAGAACUUCUUAUUCCUAUUUGCAGGUGCUUAGAAGAGAAUUUAAAACCAUUUAUUGGCUGCAUUGCUGACUGAGCUUAGGAACUCUUGUUUUUUUAUAAUUCUGAAGGUUUUUUUCAUUAUUUUUAAAAAAUUCUUAAUUGAAAAACUGAUUACCAAAUUCUGCAGACUGCUGAUUUACUUGAUUUAAAAGUAGGAAAAAUGUAGCAAGAAAACUUCUUACUUUGCUGUAAAUAUAAUUGUUGUCCUUUCAGAGUUAUUUAUCUAAAAAAGCACGUUCAAAAGAAACCAAAGAAGUGGCUGUGCAAUAGAAGCAUGAGGCAGAUUUGAGUAACUGAUACUUCAGUCAUUAUCAUGCCAGAGAGGAAAUGAGUUAUAUAUUGGGGUGUGGAGGAUGCUAAGAAUUUAAGAGCAGCAGAAGCUGGUGGGGUUUUUUUCCCUUUCCAUGCUUAGGGUGUUCGGUUUAAAUUCCCAAGGAAUUAUUAAAACUUUAGUGACAUCUAAUGGAUACUGUGUGAAACUUUCCAAGAUGCUUCUGUUCCCCUUAAUAUGAUGUAGUUGAGGCUUUGUUUCCUUUCCUUAGUAAGACUUUUUUUUGGUUUUUUUAAACUCUUCACAGGUUUUGGUUUUUGUUUGGGUUUGGUUUUUUUCUUUUGGUAAAAAGAAUUUGCAAGCUUAAUGAGACAAUCAUAAUGUUUUAAAGUGUUAAGAGAAAUUAAGAGUAGGACUAACUAUAAAAUAUAUAAGGCAUAUCUUUUUUUUUUUUUAAUUUCACAUGUAACAUUGUAGUGCAUGUGUGAGUUAGUAACAUUAUCCUCAAGUGAGACACUUUAUAAUGGUUCAGGGAAUGCUUUUAUGUUUUGUUGCAAUUUGUUUUUCUAUGAAUUCAGCAGCAUGUUGGUGGGUAUUCUGUUAACAUCUACUUAAUUUAUGUAUCUGCCCAGAACUAUGUAAUCAUUACAUAAUCGCUGUUAUUAUAUUGAACCAUUUGUUGCUCAGAUUUAAACACUGUUUGAGUUCAAAAGUGGAGUAUAAAAUAUGUGAAUUUUGUUUGUACUUGAACUAAACUAUCAGUCUUCUUAAGUGUAGGCACAUCUGCAUUUACUUUAGCCAGAAACCUCAAUCAGUGUUGUAUGCACUAUGAGUCUUGAUUUGGGGUGAAGGGGGUGGGGUGGGGGACCAAAAUAAAUUUAUAUUUUAAUUUUGUCUUAGUCCAUGGUUAACUAUUGUAAGAUGUCACGUGUGGGUUUGGUUUUUUUUUUUGUCUCUUACACACUGGCAGUUACAAUAGUUUUAAUUUAAACAAAAUUGUUAUGCUUAGUCAGGUUUUCUUUUAAUUUCAGUAUCAAAUUGAACUGUCAAAGAUUUUGUUGCAAAACUGUUUUAAUUUCAUUAUAUGAUGGUACCAGAAGGAUUAAAUGAUAUGGGGGGGGAGGGGGGGGGAGUGGGAAUGGAGGGAAACAUUAAAAUGUAUGUCUUUAAAAACAAACAUUUAAACUAUUUAUAAUUUUGACAAGCUUAGUUUUAUUUUUGUAGGGAAGUUCUUAUUCCCCUUAAAGUUAUUACUGAAAUGGAAAAAAAAAAAUGGUGGUUCCAUUAUUAAAGUUGAAGUUGGCAA